AUGCCCAUUACCAACGAGUCCAUCUGGGCCGCAAGCCCCUCCACGACGAGAGGUCAACCCACCCAACUCUCCUCGGACGCCAAGGGUGAACGUCUUGCUUAUGCCUCGAAUAAAUCCAUCUUCGUCCGGUCGAUCGAUAACCCCACGAUCGCGAGACAGUAUACCGAGCACAAGUCUAACACGACAGUCGCCCGUUUCUCCCCCUCCGGUUUUUAUGUCGCCAGUGGUGAUGCCAGUGGUGUAGUCAGAGUCUGGGACUGCGUUGGUGACGGAAUUACAAAGGGAGACUACAGCAUUGUCAAUGGUCGAAUCAAUGACCUGGCCUGGGACGGUGAUUCCCAGCGCAUCAUUGCCGUUGGCGAUGGAAAGCAGCGCUACGGACAUUGCAUUACUUGGGACAGUGGAAACACCGUCGGUGAGAUUAUGGGACAUACGCAACAAAUCAACACGGUCUCCAUUAGACAACAGAGACCCCUGCGAGCAGCCGCUGGCGGUGACGACAUGGGAAUUGUCUUCUACCACGGAGCACCGUUCAAGUUCAAUAAUGCAAUCCGCGAGAAACAUACCAACUAUAUUUACGGAAAUGCCUUUAGCCCUGAUGGCUCUACUUUGGUCAGUGUCGGCGCGGACCGACGGAUCUGGCUCUACGAUGGCAAAACUGGUGAGAUCAAGGGCCAAAUUGGGGAGGGGGAGCACAAGGGAAGCAUCUUUGGUGUCUCCUGGUCGGGUGACUCGAAGAAGUUCGCGACAGCGAGCGGUGAUAAGACCGUCAAGAUCUGGGAUGCUGAGGCAGGCAAGGUUUCGCAGAGCUGGACAUUCGGAGAGGAUAUCAGAGACCAGCAAGUUGGUGUGACUUGGCCUGCUGGCAGAAGCGACGGCUUGCUUAUCAGUCUGUCGCUCAGCGGUGACCUCAAUUACCUUGUCGAAGGCACGCCUGAACCCAGGCAGGUUAUCCAGGGUCACCAGAAGAAUAUCACUUCCUUGAACCAGUUUGGGUCCAGCAGUGACAGUCAAACUCUGUGGUCUGGCAGCUUUGACGGCAGAGUCUGUAGUUGGGACAUUUCCAAGGGACUCGCCGAAGAAGCGGAAGGGGCCGGUCACACGGCGUAUAUCGCAGGCCUCGCACCCACCCAAGAGGGCGCUGGUAGGAUUUACAGUGUGGCCUGGGACGAUACCGUCCGGUCCAUUGACAUUGGCGCGAAAACAUACACUGGAAGCUCCUCCAAGCUAUCUGGUCAACCAGUGGGCGUUGCUGCCGGUAACUCGACCGUGUUGGUAGGAACCUCGAAAAGUGUUGAGAUUUACAACGAUGGAAGCAAGUCCGGGGAGUACAAACCGAAGUCGCCGGUCUCUGCUGUCGCGGCUCAUGGAAGCGUGGCGGCUGUCGGCAGCGAAGAUGCGUCUGUCCAGAUCUGCGACGUGUCCAGCACUAGCCUUUCUCCCAAGACAGACAUCAAGGCUGGCAAAAACCCUGUGUCUGUAUUGACCUUCUCGAAUGAUGGCUCGCUCGUUGCAGUUGGUGAUUCUCGUGGCCGCAUUCUUGUCUACAAGGUUGCUGAUGGCAGUUUGGUCACUGACCGCUGGACGGCGCACACUGCCCGAGUUACUUCCCUUGCCUGGGAUGAGAGCAACACUCAUGUGGUGAGUGGCUCUGUGGACACGAACAUUUUCGUUUGGAGCUUGACCAGCCCUGGCGACUGGCUCCAGGUGACGAACGCUCACAAGGAGGGUGUUACCGGAGUGGCAUGGAUUUCCGGGUCAUCCAAGGUGGCUUCUGCUGGUGCUGAUGCUGCCAUCAAGGUCUGGAAAGUGGAGAACCUGAAAUAG